CCUUCUCUCGCAGAUGAGAUGAAGAGGCGGCGUGACUUCUACGCAGCCUACCCCAUGGCAGAGGUUCCCAAUGGGUCUAAUGAAGAUCGCGGGGAAGUCUCCGAGCAGAACAAGGGGAACCUGACGGACGACGAGAUCGUCAGCCUGUCCAUAGAGUUUUAUGAAGGGUCGAGAGAGGAGAAGAAAGGGACCGUCGAGAACGGGGACCUGGAGAAGGAGAAGAAGAACGGGGUGCGGUUCCUGCGCUGUCCCGCCGCGAUGACCGUCAUGCACUUGGCCAAGUUCCUCCGCAACAAGAUGGACGUUCCCAACAAGUACAAGGUGGAAGUCCUCUACGAAGACGAGCCCCUGAAGGAGUAUUACACCCUGAUGGACAUCGCCUACAUCUACCCCUGGAGGAGG